UCAAAUGAACAAACGCGUUUCAUUCACAAAUGGAAAAGGAUCCACAUGGCUAUGCUGGCAGAACCCCGAUUUAAACGAAAAAUUUCAAUAAAUCCUAAUGGAAAUGCAUGGAGUAAUGAUGAAACUAAAUUUGGCCAGAAGUUAAUGAAGAAAUAUGGAUGGAGUGAAGGAAAAGGACUAGGCGUAAAGGAGGAUGGCAAUCCAGACCAUGUCAAAGUAGAGUUUAAGUUUGGAAAUAAGGGUGUAGGAUACAAACAUAAUCACAGUGAUAACUGGAUAGCUCAUCAGGAUGACUUCAAUGCCAUCCUGGCCAACUUAAAUGAAGGGAGCACAGAGGAAGCAGCCACUGUUUCCAGCAUAGAGUCAACAUCCAAAAAGUCCAGGAGUCGUGUACACUACCAGAAGUUUGUUCAGGGGAAGGACCUGUCAAGAAGAUCAGCCUCGGAUUUAGACUCCAUUUUUGGUGUCCGUAGCAAGAAGAAAACCCAGGAGGCAGGGGAAGAGGAUGAUAUUACAACUGAGGAUAAACCCAAGGAGGACCAUGGUUCUAUAGUCACCUUCAACAGCACUGAUAGUCUACAGGAAUACUUCGCCAAGAAAAUGGCUGCAAGAAAGGGAGGUAAUCAGCAGUCCCAGAAGGUAUUAGAGACCGUGACUGAGCAAGACUUUGAGGAAAAUGAAUCAACUACUGAAAAGAGGAAGAAGAAAAAGAAAAGGAAAGCUGACUCUGAAAAUUGUGAAGAGAAGACAUGUGAGAGAAAAGAAGACAAGCAUGUCAGAUUCUCACUGGGAGAGGAGGUCAAUGAAUUGGGUUCAAAGGUCAAGAAAGCCAAGAAAAGGAAGAGUGUGGAGGCAGUUGAGGCUAGCGUGGUGUGUGAUGACAGUAAUGUUGAGGACUGUAAAGAAUUAGUGAAAAAAUCAAAGAAGUCGAAAAGGAAAGGAAGGAAGGAAUCUUGUGAAAAUGUUGAAUCCAUGGAGAUUCAAGAUGACAUUAGCGAGUGUGUGAAAAAAUCGAAAAAGUCCAAAAAGAAAGAAAAGGAGACAAAAGUUCCUUUAGAAGAGAAUGUAAUAUCUGGGGACAAUGAAUGUGCAAAGGAGAGCAAAAGGGAAAAGAAGGAAAAAGGGAAAAAGAAAGGAAAGGGAAAAUCUACAGAAGAGAGUGUUGAGACAGUAGAAAAAGUGCCAGUUAAAAGACAGCUAGAAAAUGCUGAUGAUGAAGAGGUGACCAGAUCAAAGAAAAAGAAGUCAAAACAAGGUGAGUUGGGUAAAAGUGGGACAACUGAUGGUCGGGCAAAGCGAGUGGUGUUUGAUUCUGAGGGAAACUUUGAGGGAGUUCAUGAGGUGGAGGAAAGUUCUGUGCAGAUACUGAAAGAGAGCUACAUGAAAACUUUCAUGCCUAACUAUACUGAAAAGUUGAAGGCAGGCAGUAAGGUGAAAAGGACUUCAGAAAAGAAACUUAAAAAGAAGACGGUAAAAUCUUCAGCCAAAAAAACUACCUCAAAACCCACAGUGGAAAAACCUCAGGAACACAAGUCACUUACAAAAAACCCCAAACAGAAUAGGGUACCUGCUCGAAAUGCAAGGAAAAAUUUGCCAGGUAGACAACUUGGUUUGCGAAAAACUGUUGGAGGAAACAAAAGGAUUGUAAACAAUUCUAGCAGAAAACAAGUUCCACUUGACAAGAAAGCAUCUCAGUCAACUUGGACUUUAAAAAGAUCCAAUGAGAAAAGGACAGUUCAAGAUACUUGGAAAAAAGGUAAACCUCUCCUUACUCCACAGGAGAAGAGGAAGAUGUUGGAACAAGCUAUCAAAACUAAGCUGCCUUCCAUUGUAGAUGUGUUUAAAUCAAAAGGUGCUAGUGUGCACACUGUUGGUGGGCUUUAUGAAAAACCUGUAGAAAGUGAAAAACAAGCGAAAACCGUGAAAAGCGACAAGGUAGAAAAUUGUGGAAAGAAGGGAGGUAAAAGUGUGACAAAAAGAAACUUUGCAAAGAAAGGGAAACAAACUGUGCCAAAAGGAAAUUCUGAAAAACUAUUAACUAAGAAAAAAGGCCAAACAAAAACUGUGAAAAAGACUAGUAACAAACCGAAAGCAUUUUCUGACGUUGAAAAGGAAAAAAUUGAACAAAUUCACAAACGUACAGGAAAAACGCUCACUCGCCAUCAGUUGAAAAAAUCCCUGUGGUAUGCAAAACAAAAGCUCAAAACAUAACAACAUGCCACUUGGUAAAAAACACUAGUAUCCAUAGACUACAACUGGAGAUCAAAUGGAAAGGGCUGGGUAACCUGUAUAUUGUUAAAGGGAGACUGUUUGUUGAUAUAAUUAAAAUGACUUUCAUGUAUUGUGAUAUGAAUUGAUAUAUUAUUGAAAUGUUAUGUAAAGUGAAUGUCAUAAAGAAUGAAAAGAAGAUUUG